UUAUGCACGUGCACAGCACAACACGCGGUGCAGCAAAGCGGAGAAAGCGAGCUCUCCUGCGCUGGCCGCUGGAAUGAGAGUCCAAUGCGCCAUCAUGUAGUCGCAGCUGCGAGAGUGCUCUGCAGCACUUCGCCAACGGCUUUCGCGGGAUCCUCACGGCGCUGCUACAGCUCUGUCAAGAAAGACUCCACUGGUCCUGGUCCUGCGCAUCUGGUCAACUUCGUCUACGAGCCCUUCCCGCAGCCGUUCAACUGCACCACCUUCACACAGACUCGCGCCUUCGCCACGGAUCCCUCUCAUCCCUUGUACAUCAAGAUUCAACGCAGAGUUGCCCUUCAUGAUCCUCAAGACUUCCGCUGGGUCGUCCGCUGUCCGAUGGACGUUAAUAAGAAGCCUACUUAUAGGCAUGCCGUGCAGAAGAAACUACGACGCGCGUUCCGGCAUGCUCUGACACAGCGAGGUCUUGACAGUGAAGGGAAGCCAUUGUCCGACGCGGACCUUGCAAAGUUGAAGCGCGUAGAGGGGACCGACAUCGUAAGCGCCGCACCAGCACCAACGGAGAGACUCAGCGGGGCGUUGUGCUUGAUUUUCGUCAACGACCAAAAGCGAGUCCUCACCGCAAAGGGUUGCGAGGUCAGGGCAGAGGCAGAGCGCGUCCUCGAUAAGGUGCUACAGAUCUGGCACGCAGCCAAGAGAGGGCAGCAGCAAGGCAGAAGUGCUCCUGGUAAGCGCCCAUUUCAGGUGCAGCGACGAGGAAGGGCGACGAUGCAGCAAUGGCAGCUGGGCAAGAGGCGAGAAACACCAGGCUCCUCCCAUCCAUGAUCUCGUCAGCUCCAUCGCUGUGCAGUCGUUGAAAGGCAUCAGAUACAUCGAUAUGCGGUCGUCAUUUACUUCACAUACCAACGUUCAACACGCUUCUACCUGCGGUCGGCCAAGUGGAAGCUCUGUCUUCCAGUAGCAUCUUCCCACCUCUUGUCGAC